CUGCAGAGAAGAUUGCAAGAUGAAGGCUUUACCGCUCCUGUUGGUGGUGGUGACAUUUAUGUACAUGGACCCAGUGUGCACCCGGUUUUGUUUCUUGUGCAGUGGAUUCGUUUGUUUUUAUCCUGAAGAGUGUCCAAAAGGGCAGGACGUAUGCUUUAUGAUAUAUGAACGUUUGACUUUCACAAAUAAGGAUGAUCUAUAUGGAGUGAAGAUAAUCAGGGGAUGUGCUGAAAAGUGCCCUGACAUGGGACACCAUGAGUUUAUCGAAUGUUGCACCAUAGACACUUGCAACAAUAUUGGUUUCCUUCCUGUUUUUUUGCCUGGUCGUAAAACCAUACCUUAAAAGCCAUGCAGAUUUAUUCUUCUAGCCUCUAUUAAAGGCUGGUCAUAAUCACUUCUCGGCUUUCUUUGACACCUCACCAUCUUUCUAGAAUGGAAUAGCCCUGGAAGGGGACCUUUCAGGAACAGUAACAGAGUUGGAAGGGACCUCGGAGGUCAUCUAGUCCAACCCCCUGCUCACGCAGGAGACCUGUUCUAGGGAUUCGAACC